CCGUAACGUUACUCGCUGACAAAUGACAACUACACCACCAAACCUCUUACAGGACAACGCGGGAACCAUUUCUAUCUCUCUCUUUCAUCGUGCCGUCCUCAAUCUCACUUUCUCUCUCUAGACUUCUUCUUUUGUUUAAAUUCCAAAUAUCCAGCCUUGAAAAAUGUAUGUUUUUAUCUCUUCUCUCUGAUGCUCUGAUUCCAUGAAACCAAUGGCUUCUGGUGCUAAUGUCAGAACGACGUCGUUGGCGUCUUACAAAGCUGAAAAGCAGCAACAAACUCAUUCUUCUACUGGAUCUUUGUCUUCGUCUUUGAAUUUGAAUUCGAGUACAAGAAAUGUGAAUAAUAGUAGUAUUAGUAAUAGUAACAGUAAUGCACACCAAAAUCGCUCCAGUAAAGCUGGGCUUUCACGACGUUCUUCUCACUCUCGUUCUCACUCUUCUCUCCAUUCCGACGACGACAAUGAUUCUGGAAGAGUGAGAGUUGCUGUUAGGCUAAGACCAAGAAAUGCUGAAGAACUCAUUUCCGAUGCUGAUUUUUCUGAUUGUGUUGAAUUGCAGCCAGAGCUAAGAAGGUUGAAAUUGAGAAAAAACAAUUGGAAUUCUGAAUCAUACAGAUUUGAUGAAAUUUUUACUGAAACUGCCUCUCAAAAGAGAGUUUAUGAAGCAGUGGCAAAGCCUGUUGUUGACAGUGUAUUGAGUGGAUAUAAUGGGACAGUUAUGGCUUACGGUCAAACAGGCACUGGAAAGACUUAUACAGUUGGUAGAUUGGGCAAAAUUGAUGCAUCGGAGCGUGGUAUUAUGGUCAGAGCUCUGGAGGACAUAAUUGCUAAUGCAAGCCCUGCUUCUGAUGUCAUCGAAAUCUCCUAUUUACAGUUGUAUAUGGAGUCAAUACAAGAUUUGCUUGCCCCAGAAAAGAUUAACAUCCCUAUUAAUGAGGAUCCAAGGACUGGGGAAGUAUCAUUGCCUGGUGCUACAAUUGUCCAAGUUCAAGACCUUGAUCAUUUUUUUGAACUACUGCAAAUUGGUGAAGCAAACCGUCAUGCAGCAAAUACAAGGCAGAAUACAGAAUCUUCACGAAGUCAUGCAAUUCUAAUGGUUUAUGUACGAAGAUCCAUCCAUCAAAACGUAGAUGAAAUAAAUUCUCAAGAUGAAAAAACUGAGUUACCUGGCAUCAACGGCAUACCUAGAGUUAGAAAAAGCAAGUUGCUGCUUGUGGAUCUUGCUGGAUCUGAAAGAUUGGAUAAGUCUGGCAGCGAAGGGCACAUGCUUGAAGAGGCCAAAUUUAUUAAUCUUUCUCUCACGUCUCUUGGCAAAUGUAUAAAUGCAUUAGCUGAAAAUAGUCCACAUAUACCCACAAGGGAUUCUAAGUUGACCAGAUUGCUGCGUGAUUCAUUUGGAGGCUCUGCGAGGACUUCACUUAUAAUAACAAUUGGGCCAUCUUUAAGGCAUCAUGCAGAGACAACUAGCACAAUUAUGUUUGGGCAACGGGCAAUGAAAAUAGUGAACAUGGUAAAGCUUAAAGAAGAAUAUGAUUAUGAAAGUCAAUGUCGGAAACUUCAGACUCAGGUAGAUCAGCUUGCUGCAGAAAUAGAUAGGGAGCAGAAGUUGAGAGAGAAUGUAAAAUAUGACUUGGAAAAACAGCUCAAAGAAUGUGAAGAGUCUUUUGCUCAAACAAAAAAAAACCUAGUCACAAGGUCCGAGUUUAUAGAGAAGGAAAAUACUGGACUGGAACUGAAGAUGAAGGACAUGUUAAAUGAAUUGGACCAUCUAAAGGACCAGAAUGAUUUGAUGCAUAACAAAAUUGAAUUGCUAGAAAUGAGUUUAAAACAUAGCCAGCAGCAAGAGCUGGAAAAUUCUGCCUAUCAGAAAGCACUAGCUGAAACCACUCAGAUGUAUGAAAAGAGGAUAUCAGAGUUAAACAGGCAGCUAGAAGAAGAGCAUGCUCAUUGUGAAAGCAUUGAAGAACAAUUAAAUUUAGUUAAGAAGCUCCUGACUGACAGUCAGAAAUCGAUUAAGCAAUAUGAGAUGGAAAAUUCAAUGUAUCAGAAAGCACUUGCCGACACCACUCAGAUGUAUGAGAAAAAAAUAGCAGAGUUAAAUAAGGAGCUAGAAGAUGAGCAUGCUCUGACUGAAAGUGUUGAAGAACAAUUAGAUAUGACAAAGAGGCUCCUAAAUGAUAGUCAGAAGUCAAACCAGCAACAUGAGGUUGAAAAUUUCACCUACCAAAAAGCACUCACAGAAACCACACAGCUAUAUGAGAAGAAAAUAGCAGAGCUAGUUAAGCAAUUAGAGAAUGAGCAUGCGCGUUUUGAAGGCGUGGAACAACAGUUAGAUCUAGCAAAUAAGCUUCAUAGUGAUUAUCAGGAUUCAAUUCAGGAUUUGGAAGAGAUUGAAGAACUAAGGGUGAAGUUACAAGAAAUGUAUCAACUGCAUGAAACCACUCAAACUGAACUCAGAUCCUUGAAAUCAAACAACAAAGAUUUGUUACAAGAGAAGGCAACACUAAGUGAAGAACUUUGUGACCUGAAGCGAAGACUUUUAGCUGAAGAAAAGCAACGAAAGAGCAUGGAACAUGAGUUGACCAAACUAAAGAAAAGCUCACAUGAAAAUGACAAUAACUUCGAGGAUAAGAAAUCAUACAUGAAGGAACAUAUUUGUAAAGGAUUGUGCAAGUCAAAUCCCUCAAAGGAGACACUAUCUUGUCAGAGAGCAACAAUUGCUAAGAUUUGUGAAGAAGUUGGACUGCAAAAGAUACUACAAUUAUUAACAUCUGAAGAUUCUGAUGUCCAAACCCAUGCUGUGAAAGUGAUUGCUAAUCUUGCCGCUGAAGAUAUUAAUCAAGAAAGGAUUGUGGAGGAAGGAGGGUUAGACGCAUUGCUUAUGCUGUUGAAAUCUUCACAAAAUGCUACCAUACUCAGAGUGGCUUCCGGGGCCAUUGCCAAUUUGGCAAUGAAUGAAAUGAAUCAAGGAUUAAUAAUGAGCAAAGGUGGUGCAAAGCUGCUAGCAAAAACAGCAUCCAAAACAGAUGAUCCGCAAACUCUUAGAAUGGUAGCUGGUGGGCUAGCUAAUUUAUGUGGAAAUGAAAACUUACAUACGAUGCUAAAAGAAGAUGGAGGCAUGAAGGCUCUUUUGGAAAUGUUAAAAUCCAAGAAUAAUGAUGUCAUUGCACAAGUCGCAAGGGGGAUGGCUAAUUUUGCAAAAUGCGAAUCACGAAGCAUACUUAAAGGGCAUAGAAAAGGUCAUUCACUUCUAAUGGAGGAUGGCACUCUUGAAUGGUUGAUUGCCAACUCCAACACUACUUCAGCUUCAACUAGACGCCAUAUCGAGCUUGCUCUUUGUCAUUUGGCCCAAAAUGAGGACAAUGCCAAGGAUUUCAUUUCAGGAGGAGGUUUAAAAGAACUAGUACGAAUAUCAGUUGAAUCCAAUCGAGAAGAUAUCCGCAACCUUGCAAAGAAGACAUUGAAAAUGAAUUCACUAUUUCAAGGUAUGGUACAUCAGGAGUGAUAGUAAAAAAUUGUGUUGUUGAUCAAUUUAGUGUAAUUGGUGGCAUGAUCAAGGGAAGCAAUUUAUUGAACCGGACAGAGUAAAAGAUUUCGCAGUAGUUUUACCAAAUAUGCAAUGUAAUUAUUAUUAUACAAUGAAGUUAUAUUCAAUCAAAUCAUUGAAUGAAAUUAGUUUUUUCAUGAGCUA